GGUCACUGCUCGUGCGUGCGUGUGUGUCAGUCGGAGUGUGUUCAUUGUACAUUGUACAGGGGGUGGGUUUCCUCUCUACAGCCACAAGCUUCGCUACAAGUGUCGCGUGAACGAGUUGCUUAGCAAAAGUGUCAUUUUUAUCUAAUCCGUACGGCACAACAUCGACAGCUUCGUAGCAGUGAUGAGUCCCGAGAAGUCUUUCAAGCAACGGAGGACACUGGUGGAGAGACAGAGAGAUGUGGAGCAAAUUCGGUCACAGCAUCCCAACAAAAUUCCAGUGAUAAUAGAGAGGUACCGUGGAGAGAAGCAGCUGCCAAUGCUGGACAAGACAAAAUUCCUCGUCCCUGACCAUGUGAACAUCAGUGAGCUCGUCAAGAUUCUCCGGCGCCGUCUGCAGCUCAGCCCGAACCAGGCCUUCUUCCUGCUGGUGAAUCAGCGCUCCAUGGUGAGCGUGGCUGUGCCCAUAUCCCAGGUUUACGAGCAGGAGAAGGAUGAGGACGGCUUCCUCUACAUGGUCUACGCCUCUCAGGAGACAUUCGGCAGUGUCUAACACUCACUCGCCCAGCACCCCCCCACCCCACCAAAUAACACCACACCCCUCGCGGCCGUCGGACACUCACAAUCAUCACCGCCACCACCACCACUGCCAGCACGCACUCUCAGUUCCACUCUGAUGCUGUCGUACAUGGGCAGAGCUGUGUAGAGUAGAGUUGCCAUCUGUGUGGAAAUCGAAUGUUGUAGAAUAGGGUUAUCUUUUGUCUAGAUUUUACCUUUAAUAAUAAGGAACCUGAUCGUUAUAAAAUAGUGACACCAUCUAUCUCUGUUUUAGCCGAACAUGUGUACAUGUUGUAGAAAUGUAAACAUCUCGUAUAAUAUGAUACCAAUAGUAUUUCCAAGGUUUCUAGUCCGGGCAGUGGCAUCAUAACCAUUUUACCUUUUUUGCGCAUUGCACUUCUCCGGUACUUAUUUACUACCCCAGCCCUUGGCUGUUAUGAGGGCCGUAGAAAGAGAGGGAGACAGGUGGAUACAGUUUGCCUGGAGCCUCAGAUCCGAGGUGAUCUCAGAAUGACAGAGGGAGGGGGACUUAAUGACAUUUUGCCCUAUGCCUCCAAGAACACUCUGGUAGCCUUGUCCAUUAUCCAGUUCUGGCAAAACAAUUUAAGAACCUUACUGGAUCCUCAUUGUGCCCAGUCCCAUCCCCACAAAGUUGCGUGAUCUCACCCCUCCCGUCAUCUACGCUCUCUCACCAUGCUCUUCUCCCUACCCCCAGGGAGCACGUUUGCUGGGUAGAAAUUUUGAUGAGGAGGGGUUAGGAUGGGGUGGUGGUGGGAAGUUGGUAUACACGAUACUGUACUAUAGUUGGGAAAACAACUUUAAGCAACGUUUAAUGGGAAAGUAAGUUAGGUAAAAUUAAGUUACGCAAAAAAAUUCUGCAUUGUGUAUUAUUUUAGGUCGUGGUGUUAUAUAUAUAUGAACACGGUUUAAUGGUUGGGACAGGUGUUGCUGGAACAGUCUGUGCAGUCCGAGUUGUGGUGUUUCCAUGAUGUGACUACUGUCUCCAGGUUUAACCUGGGGGUCCGGACCCUCGCACACUUACUCUUGUUUCACUGGCACAUCCGAGUCACGCCAGAGCGGGGUUCCCAUGAUGCAAGUGGUUUUCCGCUGGCUGUUUGCUGUGUCGAAGCGGAAGCAAACUGUCAUACGCUGGCCAUACAAAACAUCUGAAUCUGAGUCGGGGCCAAGCAGGGCCAGGGAUCGGGUCAAUCAUAUUCAUCCUCGCGACUCGUUCACUGCGUUUUAGCUCCUGCAGUGGGAAAACAACAACCUCGCCCCUCGUGAGCCAAGCUGGGUUGACUCGGCACGAUGUGAACGUGCGGUGGAAUUUCGAAGCAUUACGAUCCCACAACCCUUGUGUGGCACCAGGCAGGAGUUUAACUCGGUUUACAAAUGCAUAAUAAACGUUUUUGGGUUAGAUCGCGUUAUUUAUAAAUGUGUCGUAACCGUCCAUCACCCGACACGGCCAAUCAGCAAAAAAGUGUCACGUUGACAAAAGACAAAUAGUUCACUACUUUAGCCCACCGGUGUGUUGAAGCGUGAAACCACAACAUUUAAAUUUUUUGAGUACGACGUUUCGUUGGUAAUUGCAUCCAGCAUCAUCGGGCAAUUCGCCAGAAUGGUGAGGCUCUGCUGUUGCUCCCUGUCUGAAAUAGAGCAGCAGCAGGGUGCCGUCAUCAUUUAACUCAUCAGUUAAAUCGUUUUACAAAGCAAGCUUUUCCGAAUGCCUGGAUUGAGCAGAUUGACUCGCUGAGACGCUUUAACAAGCCAGCUGUGAUGCUGCUGAAUGGAAGUUGUAGUCCUAGAUUUUAUGUGGAUAUUAAAAUGAAGUUUCACUGAUAUCGGGCCCAAUUACCGACAACUUCUGUUAUCCACGCCACCAAUCAAUCUAGUUAUUGGAAUUAUUCCCGUAAUAAUUUCCAUAGAUAAAGUCACCAAACUUCAUAUCAUCUGGAGACAUAUAAUCCACGCAUUUACAGAUGAGUAAUUUAGAAGUGUUGGCAAGUUCAUCGUAUUCACGUUUAUCUCUAGAUAAAUUGACAGAUUACAUGAGUAAUUUGCACAGAUAAAAGGAUCUGCCAAAUAGUGCACCACACAUCACGGAUAAGAGGAAUUUGAAUGCUUCUCAUACCAGUCAAGUUUGCACUUUUCUGCAUGACUAGAAUAAUGCUCGGCAACAUUACGGUACAUUUUGCAUAAGUUAAGUUUUGGUGUUUCAAAUAAGCUUUGCCUAGCUAAGGUUCAGCUUGCUGAUAAAAUGGAAUUUCACUUUGUUGUAAAUCUAAUAGCUUAGUUAUUCACAAAUUCAGCCAAUGGAGAGGAGUGACAACUCUUGGCUCCAGGUUGAGGAGGUCACAAAAUCCAUCUCGGGGGUUUUCCCCGAUCUCGGGUGAUAAUGUGUGCAGGUGAACUCAUUGAUGACUGGACCAACAAAGGCAGUGUGUGGUGAUAAUGAUAAUUCUGAUGAAAAUAACAAAAUAGGCUUUACCCUUUCCAGCAAGAAUACAGGAGGUGUAAAGGUGUUUAAACACCAAAUAGGCACCUAUCACAAUGCAUCUAGUCUGCAUUAACCACACAUGCUUGUUGCUAAACAUGCAAAAAAACAUUAUUUGGUAAUGUAUCCUGUAUCGUUGAAACUGAUUGACCUGCAUUGAAGAUGGCUUUCUUUAUGGCAUUGUCUCAACAAAGAACGCCAAAAGACGAACAGCACAAAGACAAUGCAAAUAGCAAAGCAUUAAUAGCUCAGGUCGAGCAGUUAUAUCUAGGCCUCGGCAAGGCAAGGUAAAAGUGUAAAAACAACGAGCCUACCUUUACCCUACCUUUUACCUUACCACAAUACAAUCACUCUACCCCUACCUUUUACCCGUUAGCAGGUAAGGUAAAAGGUAAAAAGCAACGAGCCUACCUUUUACCCUACCCUUUACCUUACCUCUUGGCAUGUCGACACCUUUACCUUUACCCUUUUACCCGGUAAAAAGGGUACAAUUACCUUACCUUGCUGAGGCCUAGUUAUAUCUAUGGAACCCCUUUUUGACAGUCUAAUCUUGAUACUUUUGUCAUCAUCUUGAUACUGGAAACAAGGGUCCCAUAGACCAGUGGUUCCAAACUUGACCGAGUAUGCGAACCCCUUUUCAACCAAUUUGCGGACCACUGCAUGCAUCUAGUUGUUUGAAAUUGUACAUUUCCUUGGCAAGGAUCUUAUUUGUAUUUUCUGCGGACCCCUUGUAGUAGCCUCGUGGACCACCAGGGGUCUGCGGACCGCAGGUUGGAAACCUAUGCCAUAUAUAAAUGAUGAUGAUGAUGCUGCUACUGCACCAGUGCUGGGCCCACCAGACCACCACGUGGACUGCGAGUGGUGGUCAAGAGAGUGCCGAUGAUGAAGCCACCGCCAACACAUUUCAGUUUCUCAAUCCCCAUCUGCGUGCGUUAUCAUCCAAGGCUGGAAAAUCCGGGGUGGACUUUUGUUGCCUGCUCAAUUUUGAAUCUACAUUCACUAGUGGAGCCGGCGGGGGGGUGGGUGGCACGUGCUCCCCCAAUGAUCCGAUCUAAAUCCCUAAUUUCGAUCGGAUCAUUGGGGUUUAUGAGUAAUAAAUCGGCAUUUUGCGACCCCCACUGCCAUUGUGUUGCAUGUUAUUACGUGCCAGGGACUCUAUGAGAUGAUAGGACAAUAGUCUGAGUCCAUAAUUGGCAAUAAGUAACGGCAAAGCAGUUAUAAGUGGCUCACAGAAUUGUGCGCAGUUGAGUAUACAGUACACGACUUCCCUGAAGGCAUUCACCUUCAGCGAGCGCGAUGCCGAUCACACACGGUUUGAAUUCGACCCUCGAUCGAUGGCUGCGCCAUCGCCGCACACGCGUUAAAUAAAAAGCAAGGGACAAGUCCUUACUAACAACUCCUAUCAUUUUUCAUUGCUGGAGGGGUUGUCCCCUACCUGAAAAUCCUGGCUCUGCCAUUGACUACAUCGCCACUGGAAAGGAGCUGGACAGUCUAAAAUGUACGAGAAUUAAAUGUAUGAAUGCUUACACUUGGAAGAACAAUUUUAGAAGAUUAAUCAAAGUUGCAGUGCUUAUCAUUUUAACUAAACCUGAGCAUCACGUCGUAGAAUUAGUAGGUAAAGGAGAUGGUUUGAUAAUAUAACUGCCUGCUUGGAUCGCAAGCUAUAUAGUUGUUUCAGUCCAGGAGAAUAUUAAUCUGACUGCGUAAAGUUUUGUAUCUGUCUCCGAUGUGUUUUGGUUUGUACUGCGUGUUCGGCAACGUUUCGAUCCAUAUACUGCGAGCUUCUUCAGGAUAUGAAUCUUAGAUCCGAAUCCUGAAGAAGCUUCCAGAAAGUAGAGUGAAACGUUGGACAAAAUGCCGGACAACCUGAAAGCACAUUUGAGGGAUCAUUAACCUACUGCACAAUAAGUAUAGGCCAAAAUAGUGUCCGAUAACACACACAUAAUACACAGAUUCAUUGCCAAAGAAUAAACUAACCUUUUAGUCCAUCAGCUUUUGAGCCUUUUGGAGAAAUCUUUUCCAACUAAAUUUGUUAAAACAGAAAAACGUGCACUUGUUUUUAUUUCUCAGAGCUUAGAUUUUCAGCAGGGUGUAGCUUAUUAAGCAAAUGCCAUUGGGCUGCCUGAUGACAUUGGCAAGAGCCCUCCCUGAUCACCAUGGGGCCCAUUCAGCACCCAUACAUCAAAACUGUAUAAAACAGAUCUGUUCCAAAUAAUUGCUAUAAAACCCAUAUUCCUCCAAAAUAGCACAUCGUAACUUGGUACAAAUCACACGGUCAGACGUUGACACAAUUACACUCCAAGGCAUCGUGGUGAAAACUGGCAAACGUGUAAAUGCAUGUUCCGCAUACCCAGUGACAUUUUAAACGCUGGUUGGCUGCAGUGAACUUGCAGGCUAACAAAAGGUUAUUGCAAUGUUGAGUGGGAUUUUUGCAUGGUGCCCUGCAGCUUGUUGCACAUAACAGUGUGCAGCUGUGUUCACGGUUUAUUUUUCACAUGGCGAUCGUGCAGCCACUAAGCAUACCGUACUUUUACUCGCUUUGUGUCAGUCCACUGCUCAAUGAGGGUCUCCCCACACCUGUGGGGAAGGCUGGUCAGUGCGAGUUAAUGAAGGACCGGAGCCAGGAUGUGGGAGCCUAGAAUGAUAUCAGCCCUUGCUGCCAACCGUGUAACCCCCAGCCCAUACAACAACAACAACAACCUCUUGGGCUUGACGGUCACCCAUCCAGAUUCUAUCACGAGUCAACCCCUGAUGGGAUCGGGUGCAUUCUCUCUGUGAUUUGGUCAUGGGUAAUAUGUGGGAACGUUUAGGUUGUUGAAUUUACUACACCCACACUAACUUCGAUUUAUAGGACACUGUAUGCGUUUCCAAUUUCACCUUUAACUAUUCAGCAAAUGUGUAAAAAUAUACCCCAAAAAUAUUUUAGUUAUGUAUUUCCUUUUCCUAUUUGUUUGUUAGUCGAAUAAUUAAUAUAUACUGUAUACUGUAGUUCUCAAGUUGUGUGCAGGCUUGAUAUGUUUACAUUGGGUUGUCACCCUUGAGGUGAACACAAUCUGGACUCUAUGGGUGAUCGGUGUUGUACAGUCGCACUGCAAACAUCACAUAUUUGCUUGAGGACAGUGACAUCAAAUAAGGCAAGAUAUGUUAAAGAGUCCGAAAGUUAUAAACAUUCUUGCACACGCAUGGAUUAUGUAAUGCUUUCCAAACGUGCAUGUCUUUGGAAGUAUUUAAUUAGCGGUAUGGAAGCUGAUGGGCAGUCGUCGGGCUAAACUCGUUUGAAUGUUUGCAAAUGCUGUUGGUUUCUUUGCAUCUGAUUUGUGUCAAUGUUUUGGGAUGAAAAAAAACAUCCAUUUGAUCAAUGUGGCCAGUUUUCAAUUGGGUGAGUCCCUGAUUGCAACACGACUUUAUACUCCAGUGCGGUUUAUACAGGGUGUUUUAAAAACAUGGACCCGAUUUGAAAUCGCUAUAUCUCUGCAACCACGAACCACCCAUGAAUUAAACUCUUACCACUUGAAAGGGCGGGGCAUAGAGUUUUAAAUGAUUACCGCUAGCUGCCUCUCCCAGCGCACAAACAGCCCCUAGCCUCAAUCAUUCGCAAGACGGUCACCCCGCAACACAAGGCGUUUUGCGUUCUGCAGUUCAGCAAGACUGAAUCCGUAAUUGCGAUGCAGCGUGCGUUUCAACGGCGUUUUGGCAUUGAUCCACCAAUGUCAAAGAGCAUUUGUUGUUGGUACCAACAAUUUGAGGAAACCGGCUGUUGAUGUAAGGGGAAGAGCACAGGGCGACCACGCACCUCAGAGGAAAACGUGAGAAGAGAGGCGUUUAGGACGAAUUCAACUAUCGUCUCGAUGUUGUCCGUACAGCAGGUGGAGGGUACAUAGAGCAUUUUUAAAAUGGUUAGUAAAACUUGAUAACUCAUUAAACCGUUUGUAAUUUUUUUGUGUAAUUGUAACAUGUUGCCAUCGUGAAAUAUACUGCUUUGAAAUUGGGUCAAUCUUUUUGAAACAUCCUGUAUAUUGGAUCAUCUUUACGAUAGUUGUACUGCUCCCGUCCGGUUAUGGAUGGAUGGACGGACGGCGAUUGCAUAAUUAUUCAUGGUCCAAGCUUAAUUGAAACGCAUUAAAAAGAGAAAAGUGUUGAGCAGACCCAGCUGAAAUAUGUUUCUGGCCAUACUAAUUAUGUAUGGGUGGCAACCCUAUGUGGCCUCGUGAGAGAACGAGUUGGAACGUUUUAGAUAAAUGACAUUGGUUGGUUGACCUUGGACUUUCGAGCGAUGCAACUGUGAGAACGAGUGACAAUUUUACUUGCAAAAUUUGUGGUGAAAAUUUGUCAUCAAAGUGUUUUAUUGUGGCAAGCGAUUGCAACGAGUGGAGGACGGACAUCAUCAAACGUGUUGGUGACUACGACUACCACCAAAGACCAACUCAUGACCAUGACGAGACGAAAUUAACUUUGCUUGAAUGACGACGCAGACGAAAAUUAUUUAUUAAUGAAGACAAAGCAUGGUAAUUAGAUAUACAGGUUUCCCUCUCUGUAUGCGGGUUAGAUUUGUGCGAUUUGGCGGAUAGGUGGCUGACCUGUUUCUACCCAAAAUUCGCUGUACAGUAUACGGUUUGAAUCCAAUCACAUGCGGUUACGCGGUCGAACAUUGGACAAUGUUUGUGCGUAGUAUAUGCGCAACUCGGCAGGCAGCUAUCAAAUGCGGUUUUGCUUUGUGCGCCCAUUUUGGAAUGCAUCUCCUGCAUAAAGCGAGAGAACCAUGUAUAUGUGUCGAUUAUUUUACCAAGUUCACUGAUUGACUCACCUGAUAAUAUUAGGGGUAAAAUGAUGCAGUACUGACAUCAAUCUUUAUUAAAUAACUGCACCAAAUGUUUGACUGCUUUAGUCCGCGAAUCGGGCGUGGAGUCGUUAUGUUCCAUUGUUCUGUUCUGGGUGACCACAGUCGCGAUGUUUCCAUUCGUGCAUCAAGACUCAUCUUGCUGUGGGCUGUGUGGAUGCGGUUUUGGGGUUGGUUGCCGCCCGCAAGCUGCUUCCGCACAAACCAUGGCAGAUGUGCACACUCGCUGCUCCAAUGGAAAAUUAAGGGAAUUACUGGAUUAAAUCCACAGACUAAGACUUCAAAAUGUCAUGUCAUCGACUAGACUAAAAUAAAACAUGCCGAUUACAUUAAUACUGUCCUGAUAGGAACACGUGGAGUUUGAUGAACUCCGAAGAUUACAACAAAGCUGAUUUCACCCCAUGUUAUGCAUAGCGUGGUGUUACACUCGUAAGCAAUGCGUAGCAAAGCGCUGCUACCCAGUCUCAUACUCACACGUCGUGUCAAAAUGUCUCGGAUGAUGUGUUGCAAGACAAGGUGUGAACGUGUGGAUUAUUUCGUUUUUGAGAGAAAUUCGCUUGUGACUACAAAAUAAAUACGCUCGGUUUUUGUUUUGCCAAAAA